AGAUAUGUUUGAUGACUUCUCGGAAGGCAGAGAGUGUGUCAACUGUGGGGCCAUGUCUACCCCACUCUGGAGGCGGGAUGGGACAGGGCACUACCUAUGCAACGCCUGUGGCCUUUACCACAAGAUGAACGGCAUCAACCGGCCCCUCAUCAAGCCCCAGCGCCGGCUGUCCGCUUCCCGCCGAGUGGGCCUCUCCUGUGCCAACUGCCAGACCACCACCACCACGCUGUGGCGCCGCAACGCGGAGGGCGAGCCCGUGUGCAACGCCUGCGGCCUGUACAUGAAGCUCCACGGCGUUCCCAGGCCUCUUGCGAUGCGGAAAGAGGGGAUUCAAACCAGAAAACGGAAGCCCAAGAACCUUAAUAAAGCUAAGACACCAGCAGGUCCCUCGGGCAGCGAGAGCCUCCCUCCCACCAGCAGCGUUUCCAGCAACUCCAGCACCGUGACCACCAGCAGCAGCGAAGAGAUGCGCCCCAUCAAGACAGAGCCUGGGCUGGGGUCCCACUACGGCCACAGCAGCUCCAUGUCCCAGACAUUCUCGGUCAGCGCCAUGUCUGGCCACGGGCCCUCCAUCCACCCGGUCCUCUCGUCCCUGAAGCUCUCUCCACAAGGCUACGCAGCUUCUGUCAGCCAGUCACCGCAGGCCAGCUCCAAGCAGGACCCUUGGAACAGCCUGGCCUUGGCCGACAGUCACGGGGACAUAAUCACUGCAUAAUGUCACCUCCCUCCCUCCUCAGAUUCCUGCACAGACUUGGGACUUAGAGAACCGCGGAGGCGAGGACGGCUCCCAGCAGCCAGCCUGCUCUGUCUGGGAAUGACUCCGGAACAACUGGGAAGAAACUUGAAGUCGAUGAUUUGGUGAGGGGAGUGGGUGUAGGAUUUCAUCAGAUGCCUCUUCAAGAUGAGGGGCUGGGACGGGCCCAGACUCUGAUCUGGACGCACCCACCCUUCGCGAGGAGCACACUCAAGUCCCUUCCGUGGAGCUGGAGACUUCUUUCUCGUUUUCUGCCCCACUCCACCCUGACAAGAGAUGAGCUGUCCUUCUCUACCCUUCCAUCACUGUGGCCUAAGAUGGUGGUUUUCCCCUGGUGUUCCCGGCACCAGGAUCUGAGGGUGGGGAGAGGGGCAGGUGCUGCGACCCUGCUCCAGCCUGAGCCAGGGCAUCCAUGUGCCUUUCACUGUGACAGGCCCCUCCAGGCAGCUCCUGCCCGUGCCCAACACUCCCCUUCAGGCUCAGCACCCCCCCCCCACCCCGCUCCCCUCAGGACUGAAUCCUGACUCCAGGAACGCUGAGCAUCGCCCGUGUUACGGGGUGCUCCGUGGGGAGACGGAGGAGAGGCUGCCUCACCCACCAUGCAGUAUGGCUUCGCAAAAUCUCAACUUGGCGAUGGUGCCUCCCCCACGUUCCUUUCCCGGCUCACAGCGUCAUCCCUUCGCUCCUUCUCUUCACCACAAGGCCCCUGAAAAGAAAAAUCCCUUCCACUGCUCCGUGCGAUUCAGCCUGCCUCUGGCUUGGCCGUGUCUCUCCCUCAGCAAAACUAGAGCUCAGCAGUUUAGCCGAACAGCAGCCACCAAAGUCUGCCCCCCAAAAUCCUUCCUCCGCCCCAUCAUGCACAGGGAGUUCUGAGUGAGAACAAAAAAGGUUCUGCUGCUAAAGCGAGUUUGACCGACACUCACCUAAGACUUGAGAUCCCUCUGGAGAGGCUGUCUGGACACCCCGGGGCUGGGCCGGCACUAGAUGGGGAGCAGGGUGUUCCAUGGAUUCUGACUCGCACUCGGAUCUUGCUGACGCCACUUCUGUUCUGCAGAGCUGGGCCUCUGGGCCAGGCAGCGAGUCCACCCAAGGGGUGCAGCGUGCCCUCCUGGCAUCAGAAAUCCCUUGUCCAAGAGGUGAAAAGCUAGCGAUUUUGCAACAUAAAUUCAAAGCAAACGCAAUAAAACUCAUGAAAAGCAAGAUGACGACUGCUACGAGAAGACACUGAAUUGGGCCUUGAGGGCUCUCCGGUGCUGGACUGGAAUUGGCCUUUUUCUUAGCUCCACGUUGCUGUUUCUGCCUGUGAUGCCGGAGCUCACAGACUCCUCCCUCCGUGUCCUCCUUAUCCACAGAGCUGCCGCAGACUGUGGCCUUACUGCGUCCUACCCCGAACACCCAGGCCUCCCCCGCCCCCGCCCAAAUCCUACAGGCUGUAGCAGAGAAUAUCUCUAAACCAAGAUUCUGCUCUAAUCAUCAUUUACAUUGCUUUCUUUCCUGAAGGCCACCCUCAUAUUCUUUCCCUAACCCGUUAACAUUGUCUUAAGGUGAAAUGGCUGUAAAAUCAGUAUUUAACUAAUAAAUUUAUCUGUACUCCUCUGUCCCUUCUCCUCCUCCCUCAGUUAUCUUUCCUGGGAGGUUUGAUGAUGCCCUUCGCAAGG